AUGGUAGGGGUGACGGUAGUUGCAGAAGUGGUGGGUGAUGGCAGUGGCUCAGUGGUUCAAUAUGAUUGGUUCGGCAAUGAUGGCGGUGACGGUGGCUUUGUAGAGCUCCAUGCUCACAUUCAUGAACUAAAGAGUCGAGGUUGUGCCGUUAUGCAUGAUGUGGAUGCAACCAAGAUGGGAGAUGAUUAUGUGCCCAGUAGCCUCAAGUAUGAUCGAAUUGUAUUCAAUUUCCCCCAUGCUGGCUUUUCCAAAAUUGAAUCACGCCAAUCUCAAAUCAGGAGAAACCAGAAUUUUGUGAUGUCAUUCUUGAAAAAUGCUAAGAAGAUGGUUAAGGAUGAUGGAGAAAUUCAUAUUUCUCGCAAAUCAAAUGGCUUCUUUAAGGAAUGGAAAAUUGAAUUGCUAGGACUAUUUAGCAGCGGCCUGCGACUCAAGGAAGAGGUGGCAUUUAACUUGUCUGAUUAUCCCGGUUACAACACGAAAUAUGGGUAG